GUGGCAAGCGCCGUUCGAAGAACAAGAAAUAGCAUGCAUUGCACUUCUCUAUUGUUUUCCGUCAUUCUUCGCGUCCGUUUGUCGUAACGCAAAUCUAAGUAGCGCGAUGAGUAUCUAUCUUGUACAUUCCAGUCCUUGUCCUCCCAAAUAAUACGCCCCGCAUAGAUCACCUAAGUUCUACGCUCAUGCUGCUUCAGCAAUCUGCACUGCUGUGGACAGCAUCGACGCAUUAUGUGCCCCUUGAUUUCGAUAGCUUGAUGUGUUCAAUAUAUUCAUUUCUCUGCGUGCCCGUUCUGUCCCUGCUUUGGCCGAAGUGCCUGAGUGUGGUCCAGUGGCGACGGGUUAUAAUGCGGAAUCGUCUGUUCUGUUUCAGUCACGUGGCGGUCCGCUUAUUGCUCUCCACCUCCAAGAAAUAUGCCAGGUGUUUUCUGGCGUCAUGCUGGACAGGAGCGUAUAUGUGGUUCCUCCUCGGAAGGAUUUCCAUUGGAGCGCAGGCGGGCACGUCCCCAGUUGCCUUUCACGGUCCGCUGGCAUACCCGUAUGAGGUGCCGAUGCCUUCGAGGGGAUUUCUCGAAGUUACCUCGCCUCAGACGAUGAAUAUGCGCCUCGUAACAAACCCAGCUGUUAUGGUUGCACACGGUCAAGGGGAGCUCUAUGCUUCACCGCUGAUCCGUACACAGACUGCUUGGAUGCCUCAAAUGCCUCCAAGAGCUUCGGGACAACUUCCAACAUACGGCUUAGCACCGUCUCCUUACUCGUUCACUGGUGCUCCACUAACCGGAAAGCUAUCGUAUAGGCCAGAGUACCCCAUCAGUGCGGGCCCGUUAAUAGUACAGGAUGAACAGGAACCAUUACAAACACAAGUUCGUCUAGUCAUUUCUGAGGCUAAACAGCACACGGCACCUCCUUCACCUGAACGUCAACCAGGGAGUUACCGAAGCCAUUGGGCGGAUGCCGGUUACAAGGGAGAGUUAAAUCUGAGUGAAGCAGACUUGCAUCCGAUCGUAACAUCGAAGACACCGCCGGAGAAGCCCUUAAAUGUAUCUUCUUCCCCUCAGUCCCACAUAUUGCCCGAAGUUCCGACGACAGCGGGAACGAUAAAACCAGCGGUCUUGCCUAGCGUUGUGACAGGUAACCUGCAACCUUUCAACACUGCCUAUACGGGCACACCUUUUCUGCAACAGCUGCCUCCUGGAGUGCAGCCUCAGCCUCCUUCAAGCUCAAAUGCUGAUGCUUAUAUGUCGCCGCUCAAUGUGGCAGCAUCAUCUCUUACAAGAACAAUGCUGCAGCCUACAGAAUACUACGGAGGAGAAUUCGUGUCUGGCAACCCGUUAACAAUAGCACAGCUCGUCAACAGGCUAGUUCUGCAAGACGAACGCUUUGUACACGCUUUGUUGGACAGGCACGGCCCCGAUUUGACGGAUAUCUCUACGGGAGAGGUAGUUCAGGCCCUUGCAUCUUCUGAUCCCACGUUCGGAAGGCUGUCUCAGUUCUUCCGCAGACAUCUCGGACCCACGCUAGAGAUACUCAAGGACGCUCACAGAACGCUUGUUGAGCCACACAUGCCGGGAGGGGAAAAACGGUUAGAAGGAACCGAUGCAGGGGAUGAAAACGUUGAAGUUGCAGCGCAUCUUGUGAGUUUUGUAGAAAAUGACCCUAUGCUACACACACUAUCUGACAUUGUAGUUAAUCGCUUGUUCCCCGGAAUUGAGGCAUUUGUGGAGGCUAAUGCAGACAGCAAGUCAGACUCUCCGCCUGCCGAAUUUGCGAUACAAUGACCAAAACUGACUUGUGCCUUACAGCCCCUGCUAUUCCGGGAUCUUUCAUGCG